AUUUUUGUAUAAAUAAAAUAUUCUUUUAAUUGAAUUUCUCUGGUCCUGUGGAUCCGUUUGAGUGCCGGUCGGCCCUGCUUCUUUUCUUUGCCGUAUCACUCCCUAAAGAUCUGGUGCUGGUGCACCCGGACCACAUUCACUACUCGAAUCUUCAUAAAAUCAUACAAAGAGAUUUCUUCCCAGAUGUGGAAAAAUUGCAGGCUCAGAAGGAAUAUUUGGAAGCAGAGGAAUGUGGAGACCUUGAGAAGAUGAGACAGAUUUCCAUCAAAUUUGGCUCCAACUUGGGCAAAUCAACUCGGGAUACUCCACUGCCUUAUGUUACACCAGCAACCUUUGAAACUCCUAGUGGAGUUCCUGGUACUCCCUCCAUAGCAACUAUGCAUAGAACAGGAGAGGAAGAUGGAGCAUCAGCAGAAGACAAAGUAGAAGAGCUUCCUGGUUUGGACAGCUUUUUGGCCAGACACACAAGUGAGGAUAAUGCUUCUUUUGAACAGAUAAUGGAAGUUGCUAAAGAGAAGGAGAGGAGCAAACAUUCUUGGCUUUAUGAAGCAGAGGAAGAGUAUAAAGAGAAACUCCAGCAGAAUUUGGCUCUGCCUUCAGCCGAGAUGCAAGCCAUAGAGUGUGGGAAGGCAGGUCUGGACACAUGGGAAUACAAAGCCCAAAACUCUCUUAUGUAUUAUCCUGCAGGUGUCCCAGAUAACGAUAACAUCUUCAAGAAGCCUCGAGAAGUAGUUCAUAGGAACACCAGACUUCAGAAGGACCCCUUCAGUCAAGCGCUAAGUAAAACACAGUUACAGCAGGCAGCAGCUCUCAAUGCACAGUACAAACAGGGAAAGGUUGGUCCUGAUGGGAAGGAGCUGAUACCUCAGGAAUCUCCAAAGGUCGGUGGCUUUGGAUUUGUUGCCACACCAUCUCCAGCUCCAGGAGUCAAUGAAUCGCCUCUCAUGACUUGGGGUGAAGUUGAGAGCACACCCUUUAGGCUAGAUGGAUCAGAAACACCAUACCUGGAGAAAACACCUGGACCGUCUUUUAAGAUAUUGGAGCCAGGCCGAAGGGAACGUCUUGGCCUUAAAAUGGCAACUGAGGCAGCAGCAAAGAACAGAGCAAAGAAGGAAGAAGCAUUAAGAAAAGUAACCGAGAAUCUAGCAAGUUUGACCCCAAAAGGACUAAAUCCAUCAAUGUCUCCAGCACUACAGAGGCUGGUAAACAGGACUAACAAAUAUACAGAUAAGGCGUUGAGAGCCAGCUACACACCAUCCCCUGCACACACCACAACUCCCAAAACACCUGGAGGCCUCCACACACCUACUGUUACCCCCACAACGAGAACUGCAUCACAGACUCCUGUUGCUCCAGAUCCCACAUCUAUCACUGAUAACUUGCUUCAUUUGCCCAAAAGGAGGAAGGCAUCAGACUUCUUCUGAAGGAUUAAAUCCCUGUGUGCUACCCACAGCUUCUUAGCUAUGUUAUAUAGACUAUGUUUGUAGCACAUAGCUUGGAACUGGCUCAUCUUUUCAUGAGAACUUUUAAAAACAAUUACUAAUUAAGGCAUCCCUAAACAAAAUUUUGCUUGUACAACUUGAAAUUUAAAUGCUGUAAAGAGAAACUGGAAGCAAAUAAGACGUUUAUUCCACAUUUUUAAGUUUUUGGAGAGUUUUUGUACUAAAAGGAAAAAAAUCUUCCCUUAAGAAAACCUUGCCUUUCUGAACAUCAUUUGAUGUUUUUACUUGUAGAUUAUUGUUUAAAUCAUGCCCUUUACAGCAAACACGUUUUUUUGUAUAGCUUUCAUUUACUCAGAAAACAUAUUAGUCUUAUGUUCUGUUUCUACAAUGCAUCACUGUAUGGAUAGUCAUGUGUUGCCUAUAACACCGUAAUCAAUUUAGAGCUUUGUAUACUUGUUUGUGUCUUGUGAUGCAAUGAAUUAUAACUUUUAUCAGUACUCAAAGAAGAAUCUAUUAUCCAGAGCAAAUGGAGCAUAGAGGUUUUUUUUUCAAGAAUUAGGAGCACUGUGCUAGUGAAAAAGUGCAAUAGUUUUGCUAGAUGCAUCGAGCUUCACUGUCUUAACUUCAGUUACAGUACACUGUGAUAUAAUUCUAUUAUGGAUCUCUUAUUCAGAAUUUCAGGGACUUGAGGUUUUCCAGAUCCCCAGAGGGGUCUUUUUGGAAUUGGAAUUACCUUACCUUAGGUCUACUAAAAACAUUUAACAAUGGGGCUAUUUUAUCACCGAUAUUGAUUUAUGCAGCUUAGCUACCAUCACAAAAUGCUUUAUUACUACAAAGAAAAAGCAAAUUAUAAAACAAGUUAUAACAUUGUGAAAUGUGCAUAAUAAGAUGCCUCCUGCAUGUGUUCACUCAGUGGGACAGGUUGUUCGCAUAUUUAACAGCAGAAAUCUGAGCAUCAGUAUCCUAAAUUAAAAAUGUAAUUAUGUGUAAGAGUAGGAGUGCAUGUGGGUCCACACAAGACAUGAUUGCAGGAAUAUGUCAUGUUGCGUAUUUUGUCUUAGGCUGCUGUGUGUGGGUGUGUGGGGUACAGGGCCUGCAUUUGUGUGUUUAGGGUUUCUUUCUAAUUGAAUAUGCUUAUAUUGCAAUGUGGUAGCAAGCAAGCUGAAAAAAAAGUAGCUGGGAUCCCACCCACUAAAUUAGCGAUUGGCUGUGCCUAUUUAAUUGUGACAUUUAAUUCUGAAAAAGUGCAUAAAGUACUAUUUUAAAGUGAUUUUCAUCUAUUUUAUUCAUGGCUUAAUGCAAAGGCACAGACUUGUUUUGUACCACUUCAAACUGCAUUCUAUGGAAGAUGGCUUUAUUUUGAAGCUUUCUAGAUAACCCAUACUACAACUAUAUUUUUAUAUACUGUCUGAAUGAAGAUCAAACAUAAAUAUUUCCACAUGUGUUGAAAAGAAAAAAACUUAACAUAGGGUAUUUUUACUUUUUCCUCAUAACUGUAUGUAUAAAUAUGUAACAUCUAUUUGGGAACAGCCUGCUUACUGGAAGCUUCUACUUGAUGGCACCCAGACUUCCUUUUGCCAAUGGUAACUCCUGGCAAGGCACCUGUUCCAUGCAAUUUACUCUUAAGGUGGUCAUAGACGCACCAAUAAUAUUGUAUGAAACUUUAUUUCAUAUGAUAUUCAGUGCUUCUAUGGCGGGCGACUAACUGGCCGAAGACUUGGAUUUCGGUCGGCUCGUCGACCAUUGGUUGUAGGAAAUAUCAUAAUUGUAACUUCUAUUGCUAUUCUUACUGUACUGCUGGAGAAAGUGUUGACCACACAGUAUCCCACAUACAAAGCUGAUUUAUACAAUAAUUUGGGUGCCAGUGGUUCUUAAAAGAAAAUGACAACUCUUUUGAACAGAUAUUAUACAAAUUUUUGGUGGGUGUUAUGCAGAUGGUAGUCAUACUAUAAAUCCAUUCAAUAAAUAUUUCAGACUC